GACAAGCUGAAACUCUACUCUAUAAUUAUCUCCAACGCAUCAUCCCCCGUCAGCACCGCUUCCACUGGCCCCAAAGCAUCGCAUCAAUCAUACGUGAUAUUGUCCAGAUCGAGUCAAUGCCGUCAAACACGCCAUUAGCGCCGCUCUCCGGCCAUCUUCCAUCCCCCCUGGCAUGCAUUUUCUUCAGUGCCUUUGCAGCCGCACUCCUACAGCCAUGGAUGGUCAUGUCACAUCGUGGGACCGACCUCCGGUGGUGGAAUUGGGCAACGCCCCGUGCCUGCAGACCGUGCAGGACCGGAGCAUUGCGCCAGACUGGGCAUGAUGGAAGAAGGAAAAAAGAACCAAAAGAAAAAAAGAAAGGGCUCCACGCCGCAUCCCAUGCUCGCAACUCAUUCUCCAUCACGUCCUUUCCCCCCCACAGGCGUCAAACCGCUUCCAGGGACCCUUUAGCACUGGUGGCUACCUGGGACGCUAUUUCGGCCGUAUACACGGGCGAAAGCUCCGGUUCUGGGCGGCCAACCACCCAAUAGACGUCCCCUGCGUUGGCCCCGAACCCCCUAGCCGGAGCAGCACCUCGA